CGAUACCGUAUAAUCCUUUCUUGUUGCUGGUCUCCCGUCGACGGUAAAUAUAUAGGAUUAACAAAGAGAUCUCGAUGCAUACAUCACUAACACCAUAUGUUUUCUAUUUUCAUACAACCGCGACUCCGAGUCAGACUUAAUGUAUAUUCCACUCCAGUUCAAAAGCGUAUAGAUGCACAUGUAAUUAUUCCUCACUUAACGUUUACAAAUACAUUCAGCAUUCAGCCAGUACAAACAUAUCAGGGCCAAGAACCUUCCAUAAAGUUCACAGAUGUAGGAAUGAACAUUAAUCCGACGAGAUCGUCAUAAUUAUCGGUGUCUUUUCUUCUGAACACGCAUGAGUGGUAUAUAUCUGUUAUAAAUAUGAUAUGUAAUUGUAGUAGAUCUGAGGCCCGGCGGAGAAGCAGCAGCCGGUGAGGCUGUUUCAGUGUAACAUGUGGCUAUCAGUACUGCCAUUUUCCUCACACAAGAGAUGAGGCGUCAUGAUUCUCUGUUGGUUGUCUCUGUUGAUGUUUACUAGCCUGCCAUCCACACGCGCAGCUUGUGCCAGCCUGGAAUCAGUAGUUCAUGUAUGUUCCGACGAGACCGCUGCGGGCAGUGUUGUGUUCCUGGACACGUCUCUGACGUACGCCAUGACUGGCUCUUGCAGGUGUAUCUUGGAUGGCAGGCCUGUGCCCAUGGGUAUAAACAUCUCAGUGGAGAGUAUUGCCGAACAAUGUGAAAGUGUGUUGAACUUCCCAUCCAUAAACUAUGACGUCACAUGUGGACAAGUUCCUGGUUCGGUUGUGACUAACCUAACGGGAAAUAUGAACAUAACAUGGACUAAACGGAAUGCGUUUAAAAGCACGGAUACUUGUAUCAGGAUAGCAAAAAGUCAACAAAGCACAGCGGGUAACCUCAGCCUUCAGUGCGAGAAAGGUGGUGAUUUUAAGAAGACCACAGGUGACAGCCCUCUCAAAUCGCACUUCACUACUACCAAACCAGAAGAGACUCAUCAAACCACUAUCUCGCCUCAGACAGCUGCUGCCAUUCGAAAACGAUUUGUGAGUAAUAUAACGGUUGGAAUCCUGUCUGGCAUUAUAAUCACACUUUUCCUCAUCGGUCUCGUAGUUCAUUUCAGUGACAAGAGGCUGAAGGAGAGACUUUUGAGGGAGGAGGAGGAAGCAAGACUGAGGAGGAUGGCCAAAAUGAACGCCAUACACCGACUGUACCCACCCCGGAGGAGAGAGGUCGUAGAGACCACAAUAUAGACAGUCCUUCCUCAAGAAAAUGUGAUAUAUAACCGUAUGAAACUAAUCCAUAUAAACUCCAUAACCUGUUCCUCUACAAUAUGUUAUAUCUAGCAGGACCGAAUGAUUUUGUUCCUCUGGUCAAUGUUAUAUUGCACCUCUACAAACUGUGAUCAAAUUACACGUUGCAAGUUCACGCUGAUGAUUUCAAAUGAAAUGUAUGUAUGUGUGUUAUCAACGUCAAACAGUAAAAGCUUGUAUAUAGUUACUGACGUAAAUGUAUAAUGGUUGUUUUACGUUCACAAUGAUCUGUAUCCGUCAUAUUGCCGCUUGCAGUGUUGUGCUACUGAAGCAUGGAUGUUUAUUGUAUCAUAUUGCAUUAUCUUUAUGAAAAUGACUUGAAUUCCUCUAUCUCCCUAUGAUGAACCUUGUAAGUAUCUUCUUAUAACCAGGAAUAUACAGCGUGCUGUAUUCAUGUGAAGCGUCCAUGUGCUUCCAAAAGAGACUGACCUUGACCCGUUGAAGUAACGCAAAGAGAAAACAUUUUAUUGAAUAAUACUAAAACGGAUCUCUGUGUAUUUGUGAUAAUUAAUUCCACUGUUUGCACGAUUAUUUUCUACAUUUAUUAUUGUCUCAUUGAGAAUUAAAAUCAAACUAUUUCAUA